UGUUUAGGUGUUGAGUGACGUCACAGUUUCGCGGCGCGUCAUCGUGUCUUAAUCGGCAACACCAUUUUGCAUGUGCAAAAGCACCAUUUGAUUUCGGGUGCAGAUGCGGUCGACUGUGACAAUAAACCGUCGUCCCAUGUAACACCAUGCGCUUUUCCAUCAAAGUCUGCCCUACUUGACGCGUGACGAACUUGUCCGGGAUGGCACUCGUGGAAAAGCAUGUCGCGCCUCUGUUGCGCCAAUUCGGUCUGGCAGACACCACUACGUAUGAGGACGACGAAGACGAGUCAAAGUCGCUCGUACAGAAAGCUGUUUCUGCAGCAAUUGCGCCAGUUCGAAUCCUCACAUCUCGCACCGCCAUCAAAGCCUACCUGAGCACGAUCCUAUUCCUAACCACCUCGACGAUACUACUCACGAUAUCCUCGACUGCAUUCGGCUUCUUCUACUACAAAUACAUCCCACAGAUCAACCUCGAACGCGUCUUGUACCUGGACUAUGGCCAGGGUUCGCAACCGCACGCGACAGCAGCACUGGAUGCAUCCGCCUUGAUAUCCCAGCAAGCAUACGAUGUCGAGUUGAUACUGAACAUGCCCAGGACGCCUGCGAACUUGGAAGCCGGAAAUUUCAUGCUAGAUCUAUCUCUACUCGCUCCUGGAAUCAAUACAAGAAACAUACCCGAUGCAGUAUCAUGGCUGGCCAACAUCUCCUCAGAGAACGUACAAUACCAUUCACGCAGACCGGCUAUACUACCCUACUCGUCUCCUAUACUCUCCCUCAGCCACACCCUCCUAUAUCUUCCAUGGCAUUUUCUCAAUCUGCGCGACCUGGACUCCGUACAUUUGGUAGUGCCAAUGUUCGAAUUGGUAACCUUCCCACGCGGAUCGCGGAACAUUCCCACACAUGCACGACUCGAACUUCAAUCCAACAGCGUCCUACAGGUAUACACUGCGAAACUGGCAUUUCGUGCCAAGUUCCAAGGCAUUCGAUAUCUGAUCUACAACUAUCGAGUUGCCUCGUUCGUCGUGUUCACAGCGACAUUCUAUACGGUUAGUGUGACUAGCAUGGCACUGGCCUGGGCAUUGAUAUCCAUGCUAUUUUCAUCUACCAGCACUGCAGGCGAGAAGUACAAGACCAUCAAGCAAGAAGACAGUGUCAAGUCAGAACGAGAUGCGACUUCGACUCCAAAGAUCAAAACCGAAGACGAGACGGAAUCUUCCGCACACGGUUUGUCGAUUUCGAACUUGUCGGACACUGCGGCACAAUUUCCAACUGGUAGGGGUCAGAUGCCCUUGUCGUUUCCGGGGCGCUCGCCUGCUGAAGAUGUAGGAGAGGACAAUGCCGCGGAUGACUUGACGCGUCCGAUUGGAGCAGAUGAAGCUGCUGAUGAUGAGGACGAGGAGUGGGAACUUCGUGCAAGACCUUUUGAUGGUGAUUCGGGUAUUGGCACCAGUAUGGAGAGUGAGCGGACUAGUUCAGGUGUUGUUCGGAAACGGAGUUCAAAAGGACUCUCGAGCAGGUAGAUUGGCUCGGCUUAUGUCUAUAUUCCAUUGUACUUGAUUCAAACAACCGAUUCUGCCUCGAUGCCA